AUGGUACCUGUGCCUGGGGAGUCACAAUCUCUUCGAGGAACUCUGCUGAAGAUUGCAGGCUGUAACGGGGUUGAGAUCUUCCUUCAUCACAUGAGUGAAGAUACUACUGGACUUAUUAAGUAUGCAAGUGAAAAGAUUGCUCCAGUGGUGAAGAAAAUGGAUGAAGAGGGCAAUUUAGGAGCCAAGUGUUGUCAAAGGCGCCUAUUUGAAAAUGGAUUCAUGGCUGUCGAAGUUGAACCAGAAUAUGGAGGUUGUGGGUCAUCAUUCUUUGUGGCAAAUUUGGUCAUUGAAGAGCUUGCUAAAGUAGAUGCAUCCAUAAGUGUUUUCUGUGAUAUUCACAAUACCUUAAUUACAUCUUUGUUUCGUACAUAUGGAACUGAGGAGCAAAAGGCACAUUAUCUUCCAAAACUUGCAAUGGAAUUUACUGGCAGCUUUUGUUUAUCAGAAACAGAAUCAGGUUCUGAUGCUUUUGCCAUGAAAACAACAGCAAGAAAGGAAGGUGAUAAUUUUAUUAUUAAUGGAUCAAAGAUGUGGAUCUCCUCUGCUCCUCAAGCUGGUGUUUUCCUUGUUAUGGCAAAUGCUAACCCUAAGGCUGGAUAUAAAGGUAUCACAUGCUUUAUAGUGGAUGCUGGUACCCCAGGAUUAACUGUGGGUAAAAAGGAGGAUAAGCUUGGUCUACGAGCAUCAAACACGUGUGCUGUUCAUUUCGAUAAUGUUAUUGUUCCAGAAAAGAAUAUUCUUGGUGAAUUUGGACAGGCAUACAAAUAUGCAAUUAGUAUGUUAAAUGAAGGUCGAAUUGGAAUUGGUGCUCAGAUGGUUGGGCUCUCGCAAGGCUGCCUUAAUGCCACUGUGCCCUACCUUUUACAGAGAAAGCAGUUUGGUCAGAGGAUCUUCAAUUUUCAGGCCAUGCAACAUGCAGUAUCAUAUCUAGCAACUGAAAUAGAAUGUGCAAGGCUUCUAGUGUACAAUGCUGCCCGUCUGAAGGAAGCUGGCCUGCCAUUUAUCAAACAGGCAGCGAUGGCCAAGCUCUAUAGUUCAGAGGUAGCUACGCGGGUAACUUCAAAAUGCAUUGAGCUGAUGGGUGGGGUUGGAUUCACUAAGGACUACCCUGUAGAAAAGUACUACCGGGAUUGUAAAAUAGGGACCAUUUAUGAAGGCACCUCCCACAUACAACUAAACACUAUCGCGAAGUUAAUUGCCCAGGAGUAUGAAAGUUAAGCAUUUUUAUCUUUAUCUAACAAAGUAUUUUAAACUGUAUACAGUACUGGAAAACAUCGUAAUCUUCAUUGUCUUGCAAAGGACUCUUAUUGUAUUCAAGCUUCAUACAUUUGAAAAUACCCUAUAUGUGUGUUAUGGCUAUAUUUUGUGAAUGUAGUUCUUUGGAAUGUUAAAUUCUUCAGAUUUUUAGAUACAGUAACUAAUAUGUAGUAGUUAUUUAGUUUGUAUCCCUGCAAUUAAAUCUUUAAUCAUGGUUGGAUAAUCACACCAUAUAAUUGUUUAUCAUGCGAAUGUUGGCAUCUGUAUAAUUCUCUUAAAAAUGCAGGUUUUCUUAAGGUAAGUAAGGGUUACAGCUGGAACUGGCAGUGAAAUUAAAAUGAUCAAAUUUCAUUGAAAUUAAAAUCAUCAAAUUCAUGUACUACCACCCUUCUGUGUGCUUUAUCUUUUUUUACCAUGUGCUUAUUGUUUAUUUUUUAUUAGUAUUAUAAAAAAGGUCAAAAUAUUUUCUGGUUCCAUUUGGAAAAGGUGAGCCAGAAAUGGUAAGCAAUUUUUUUUAUAUUGUACAAGAGCUAAUGUAACUUUGGAUAAAAGAUUAUCACAAGACUAGAAUUGGUAGUGACUCAAAGCAGUUAUACAUAAAAGGUUAUUUAAGUAAGUAAUUUGAAAGCAACCUGGUAUAAUAUUCCCUCACCAUUAUUUUUUUGGUAGUGACUCAAAGCAGUUAUACAUAAAAGGUUAUUUAAGUAAGUAAUUUAAAAGCAACCUGGUAUAAUAUUUCCUCACCAUAAUUUUUUUUUGCUGUACUUCCUACACAAAUAGGUAGAAAGAGGGAUCAUAAUUUAUGGAUUUUUAUCAUUUUCAUCAUAAAAUGCACUUACUGUGAUAAAACUUAAAAAACCAGAAAUAAAAAUUUAUAGUGAGUUUUUCUUGAGUUUUAACUAAACAAAAUAGGCUGUUUUCAGCAUUUUUAUAAUAUAUACUCUCAGCAUACAUAAUUUAUUGCCGACGUUUCACAUCGCUUCGAUGCAUUUUCAAGGCUUGGAAAUUGAUAAAAAUACAAACAUAAGGCUCGUCACUGAUAAAACACGGUAUAAUAUUUGAAAUUGGACACUAAAACAUUUAAAUAUUAUACCGUGUUUUAUCAGUGAUGAGUCUUAUAUGUUUGUAUUUUUAUCAAUUUCUCAGCCUUGAAAAUGCAUCGAAGCAAUGUGAAACUUCGGCAAUAAAUUAUGUACGCUGAGACGUCUAAGAACAGAGUUGUAUUAACAUUGUUUAAAGUGUGUACAUAAACGAACUUUCUGUGCAAGUAUUGUAUGCCGACUGUCAGCCUCAAAAUGAAAUGCAAUUUUUUUUUAUUUUUCUUCUACGUUUUUGAAAAAUUGAUGAAUCUAACAGAUCUUUUUGAUAGCAUAAGCGCUAUUCAUCCUCAAAGGAGUUACACACUCAUGGUCCUCCCAUGCCUCCACAAGACAGGCUGCGAUCAUCCGCAUUACACUGUGUCCUGCAGAAAAGUUCAAUAAUCCCCAGGUUUUUUUUCCAGAAAUUGUGUUUUGACUAUACUUUUCAGUCGUCAUAACACCACUCAAGCUUAGUUUUAGGACUUUUGUGAAACAUUUUAGGUCCCUAAGAUUGUAACAGUAGGCUUAUAUAGGCAGUCCCCGGUUAUUGGCGGGGGUUCCGUUCCUGGGGGUGUGCCGAUAAGUGAAAAUCGCCAUUAACCAAAACUCUGUGAUUUAUGGUGCUUGUGGUGCUGAUAACCGGUUAUCGGCACCAUAAGCACCUUUAUGGUGCCAAUAACUGGAACUCGUCCUGUUGUGGUGCCAAAAAUCGACGAUUUAUGGCGUUAGUCAAGCCCCAUAAAACUGGAUCGUUGAUAACAGGUGACAGUCUGUAUUUGUUUAAAUUGGGAGCCAGUAGGGCUCUUGCAAGACAAGAAGUUAGAAGUAGAUCGCUCGGCUACAGUGCAAUUGCCAUGCUAUUAUUCUUGUUUGGCAGUGAUAUUUAGCAUUAAGGUAAUAAUACAGGCAGUUCCUGGUUAUCAGCAGACUCUUAUCGGCGAUCCAGUUUUAUGGCGCUUGUGUAGUGUCAUAAAAUCGGUGAUUUAUGGCGCCAUAACAGGCCUAGUUCCGGUUAUCGGUGCCCUAUGGUGCCAUAACAUACCUAACAGACACACCAUAAUUGUGCUUAUGGUGCCAAUAACCAGUUAUCAGCGCCAUUAUGGCGCCAUAAAUUGCUGAGUUUUUUUACCGUAAGGGUAAAUUAGAUUAGAGUAACUUCUUGUUUAUGAAAAUCAGGGUUCUUUUAAAAUCUUAAAGGAAAUACAGGCAGUCCAUAGUUAUUGGCGUACUCUGUUAAUGGCAAUUGGGUUUUAUGGCGGUUGUGUAGCCCCAUUAAAAUUGGCGACUUAUGGUGUCGUAACGGAUGAAUUUUGGUUAUCAGUGCCUUAAGAUGCCGAUAAUAGUUAUAUUAUAACAUACCUAACUGAGGCACCAUUAACUGAAACUUUGCACCAUAAAUCACCGAGUUUCAGUUUUCUUUUUUUCAAGGGAAUACAAAAAGUAUGUUUUCAAAAUGGUGAGCUUUGCUAAACAAUUUAAAAUCUUAGAUAUAAUGAUUUUAUACACUUUUGGUAUGAUAAUUCAAAUAAUUAUUGAUUUUAAUUAUGUACCAACUGACAUAGACUAUACGCUAAAUAACCCUUACCUUGCAUUUAGGAAUAGACCCGGGUAAUCAAAAGGAGCAGAAGCAGCCAUAACAUCUGUUAAAUACACACACACACACACACACACACACCACAACACCACACACACACACACACACACACACACACACACACACACACACACACACACACACACACGCAAAACGGGCAAUGAACUGGGUAAAGGCCAAGAGAGGUAAACAUUACUCUUGCCCAGGCGGUCAAAGAAAGACUGAUGCGUGAUCGUAGGUGAAUGGUCUUCGACCAUCCUUCAUCCGAUCUACGCAUGCGUUGCCAGAUAUCACAAGAUUCCUUGUUUUCAUCUGUUUUUUAACCAGAUCCAGCUAGGCGCUAGAAAUUAUCCUAUUGUUAAGACCAAAGGUUUGUAGCUAUGGAAAAUACAAAUUGUCUUAGAAAAUUUGUCGUCCUGACAGGGGAUAAACCAAUUUUUAGUAGCCACUGUGAAUCCUCAAACCCGCUUACUUUUUCUGAUGAAAAAGCAUGGGACUGGGGUGAAUAUUUAUCUUGCACACAGACAUAGUGUGUAAUGAGGAAAAUGACUGACAUACUCAUCACAUCUGUGCGAGUGGGACAUAGAGAAAGCUGAGACAGUUGCAGUAUGACAGGAGAUAAGAGUUUCCUGUCUUGUGUCCCUUAUAUUCAGUCAGUGUACCAACAACACUAGUACUCUGGUUAAGACCAAUUAUAAGGUUAUUCUUGUAAUUGGUUGGUCUGUGUGAUGGGAGCUCUGGGGGGACCAUGAGAGUGUAACUACUUUGAGGAUGAACAGCAGCUACCAAAAAUACUACGUAUUUCCUGAAUCUAAACCUGCAUUUUAAGGACAUUAGUACUUGGUCUUAGUUUACUUUUUUGUAAAUUAUCAUAUAGAUAAAUUCAUAAAACUUUUAAAUUGAUUAAGUGCAAAUUGUUAAAACUUCUAAAUUUAAUAAAUGCAAAGAUUAGCAUUUUGUUUUUGCAAUGGUUAACUUGCUAGAUCUUUGUUGGUUGUACAGAAAUGUUGGUAGACUUCUGUGUAUUGUUUUGAAAAGUACUGUUCAGGUUAUUUUGUAAUGAAUUGAAAAGUACUGUUCAGGUUAUUUUGUAAUGAAUUGCCAGAAAGGAGGGGACUGAAGAUUGAUUUUAACAAUAAGUUGUAUAGUUUUAAUUCCUGUCACAACACAGCACAAUGUUACUCUUCAUGUUCCUACAGCAUAAUGUACUCUUUAUGUUCCUAAGACAAAAUAUGAUUGUUGAAGAAUAAUUGACCAAAAUACACAUAGUACUAUAUGAUUUUUACAUUCCAAAGUUAAAUUGAUAACUGAAUUUUUGACAGAUAUUGCCAUUUUUAUUUUUUUCCUGUAACUACAGUAAUCUUAAAUUAAUGGGUAUUUAUACUUUCGAUUCCUGGCACCUUUCAAACUGAUUGGUUAUUGAAAUUAAGUUGUAUGAGGGCCAACUUUGUCAAAUAUUAUUUACCUGCUGUGAUUAAUAUGGAAGUAUUAGAUUUUGUAGCUAAAUGUAAAGUUUACUACUAAUUUAGUUUGGUAGUUUUGCUAACUAAUGUACCUGGUGUAGUGUCAUUGUGUAAUGAGUUUGUAAAUAAUCCCCUAACCCAUGUUAACUAAGGACUCAAAAUGUUUAAUAUAUAUAUAUAUAUAUAUAUAUAUAUAUAUAUAUAUAUAUAUAUAUAUAUAUAUAUAUAUAUAUAUAUAUAUAUAUAUAUAUAUAUAUAUAUAAUAUAUAGAUAUAUAUAUAUAUAUAUAUAUAAUUAUAUUUAUAGUUUACUCUGAUUCCCAGAGUAAGUUAGUAUUACUUCAUUAUACAGUGAUAUUUGUAACAUAAGUGGUUGCCAGUACACUUAGUAUGUACUUGGUUUUAACCAGUGUAUUCUAGAGAUGGGCUAUAGCCACAUUAUUCGAUGAGGGCCAAUAGCAUUGCUUGGUGUUCACAUUAUUGUAGAUAUAUUUUGUUGCUCAAAGCAAGGAGGUUCUGCAGGUUCAGUUUAGAUUUCAUCUUACUGAAUUAGCAUGUACAUGUUAUUGUAUUUGAAAGUUUAUAUAAGGAUAGUGUUUAAAUGAACAAUGUUCAAUAAGUUGAAAAGUAGGAUAUGAACAAUGCUUGAUUUGUCCCAUUUACAGUAUGGUAUCCACUUUGUUAGAAAGGUAUAGAUUUACAGUGAAGUUUUUUUUCCCCAUUAGGCUUAUGUAACCCCAUAUAAACUUUUAUCUGAAAUGUGGUACCUUGUAAGAAAGGCUGGAUAUUACUUUUCAGUCUAUUUGUUUGAUCAACAGACAUGCUAUUACCAGUGUGACUGUAGGGUUUAGGGUACAGUAGACUAGUGAUGUGUGAUAGUUUAUGCUUUGGACAAGCAGAUUUCCAUAGAAUUACUAAUUACUGUAUUAAGAUAGUAGGUAUUACAUUAUGGAGACCAGAUCCUGAGUAGUGUUGUGACUAUAAAGAUAGGAAUAAAUAUAGUUUCUUA